AUGGAUAAAUGGAACUCCACCAGCGUGCAUGACUUCAUCCUCAUGGGGCUGACGGACUCUGAAGAAACACAGCUCAUCUUCUUCCUGGUCUUUCUGCUGAUUUACCUGAUCACGGUGCUGGGGAAUGCAGGGAUGAUAUUGAUCAUUCGCCUGGAUCCCCAGCUGCACACCCCCAUGUACUUUUUUCUCACUCACCUGUCAUUUCUUGACCUCAGCUAUUCAAGUAGCAUCACCCCUAAAAACUUGCAGAAUUUAUUGUGUUCUAACAAGAGCAUCUCCUUCCUGGGCUGCUUCACCCAGAUGUUCUUUUUUGUUGUCUUCGUUGCUGCUGAAUGUUUGCUUCUCUCCUUGAUGGCCUAUGACCGCUAUGUAGCUAUCUGCAACCCCCUGCACUAUCCAGUCAUUAUGUCCACAAGACUCUGCUCUGCCCUGCUUGCUGGCUCCUAUGUUAUUGGCUUUGUGGACUCCACUGUGAAUGUGGUUUUCAUGAGCAGGCUGCAUUUCUGCAAGUCUAAUGUCAUCCAGCACUUCUUCUGUGACAUAUCCCCAAUUUUAGCCCUGUCAUGCAGUGACACAUUUGAGGUUGAACUCAUUAUAUAUAUUUGUGGUGGAUCCAACUUAGUGCUGUCCCUUAUUAUCAUAUCUUUAUCCUAUCUGUCCAUCCUCUCCACUAUCCUGAAAAUUAAUUCCACUGAAGGAAAGAAAAAAGCCCUCUCCACCUGUGCCUCCCAUCUUCUAGGAGUCACCAUCUUCUACAGCACUAUGAUCUUCACUUACCUAAAACCUAAGACGUCCUACUCCUUGGGAAGGGAUCAGGUGGCUUCUGUGUUUUACACGAUUGUGAUCCCCAUGCUGAACCCCCUCAUCUACAGUCUCAGAAACAAAGAGGUGAAAAGUGCUGUUGUUAGAAUCCUGCAGAAGAGAGAGGGUUCUAGACAAUUAAAAUAACAUUGAUGCUAGGCA